AGUGGGGGACAAAGCAUUGAGACUGUUCGUUCUAACAUCACUCUCGUCAGCGUGAAAUGCUUCUCCAAGCACAUUCUAUGAAUCGGAUGUUGCAAGCUUGGCUUCACUCUCCUUCCAACCCCAAGGUCGUCCCAAUAACAUCGUUCUUCAAAACCCUGUUGAUUAGAGCUUAUGGACGUGUUAUAUACAGCUCAAGUUCUCAAGCAAUCCAGAUACCUCAGGACCAUGUGAAAGUGUCAUCAAAUAGGAACUCAUAUGUUGGGUUUAGAACAUUUUGUACAGACAAAGAUCUGUCAACAAAGAAGUGCGUACCAUGUAAUACAAAGGAUCUCAGGCCCAUGACUGAACAAGCAGCUAAUGAGCUAAUUCCUAAGGUACCAAAGUGGAGCCUGCUAAAUGAAGGAGGUACCUUGAAGCUCAACCGUUCAUGGAAGGUAAAGAGUUUCACUAAAGGUUUGGAUUUAUUUCAGGCUGUAGCUGAAAUUGCUGAAGCAGAAGGCCAUCAUCCUGAUCUUCAUCUUGUUGGAUGGAACAAUGUGACGAUUGAAAUAUGGACACAUUCAGUUGGUGGACUCACUGAGAAUGACUUCAUACUUGCUUCCAAAAUCAGUGCCCUUGACCUCCAUCACCUUCUAAGACGAAAAGCUGCUACUUAGCCAUUGAUUUGCAAUUUGGAUGGGAAGGUUAUAUGCUGUUUUUAUGAUAAUAUUGGAGACAUAAAUCACCUUAGUAGUUUGAAACCAACUUUUCUUUUAUAUUGAAUUUAUUUGGCAUUUAAUUGGAUUCUCUUAUGUAAUAAAAUGAAAUUCCAUAUGUGCUCUCA